GCUAUUCAAGUGCGAGUAUGCCGUUGGUGAAAUUGGUUGGGAACGCACUUAUAAUUCAUUGGUUUAAUGAAGUUGAAGAAGAUGGACUGGUCUACAAGCAACAUGUAAAAAUUCUUCCACAAACAACCAAUUUAAAUUCAAUAAAAGCUACACUUACUGGAGGUCCGACUCCAAUUCUUACAAUAAAAGCUUGGGGCUUUUAA